AUGCAACCACGACAACCCAUGCUUCCAAGCAUUGCAAGUGAUUUACUCCAAAAGCAGGGAAGCAUGAACAACUCGAAUUUUUCAUGGACACAUUCAAAGGUUUCUAGCAGAAAGCGACCAUUCGAAGAAGAUGACGAUUUCUUUGCACCACCUUCUAAGAGACGUGAGUAUAGUGCAACACGACCGUUCGGACUCUACAAUGAGACCACUGCUGGGUCAGCAAGCCAGACACUUCAAGAUUCUCGCAAUAGAGUCUACCCCAGUGGCAACCGCAGCUUCACUCCUGCUGAUGGAUAUGUCGAGAUAAACAAUUCUAGAACUCCCGCAAACUCGGAUAUCUAUGCUGGAAUGGUUUACCAAGCAGCACCUUCAACACCGAGAGGACGUGCUGCGAUGAGCACACCUGGUUUGGUAAUUCAACAGAAGCCGGUCUCUACUCUUACUCGUGGCGCCAGUUCACCCAAUUCCGCUGUUGCUCCCAAUUACAGAUAUCGCCCACAAACCUCAACGCAACUUCCCCCACUUGCCACUCUAUUCACUGGUUUCAGAUCUCACGAAUCAUCACCUAGCUCGAACAAUAAUUAUUCCAUGGAGCCUCAAAACAAUGUUAACCAUGGCAAUAUUUUGAGCCAUCACCACAGCGUACCAUUCGCGCCGAAGUUUUUCACUCCCUCGAGGCCCGACAUGGCUCCAGAACAAAACUCGAAUGAAAACUCUCCCGUCGCAUCCCCCCAAGAGGAAGAUCCAAUCGACAGACAAGAAACAGAUUCCGCCACUCUUGCUGAAGAAACUCCUCGACAAUCCAUCGAGGCCCCUGAUAAUUUCGACAAUGAAUCAGUGGUCUCAUAUCAUCCCAGUGACAACGAUGACGAUGAAAAUCACAGCCAAUUAAUACAAACAACCAAAGAGCAAUCCGACAAAAACACAGAAUUACGCAAGGAAAUCCGCACACUCAAAGCACAAGCUUCCUCCCAAUUUGCGUAUUACAUUGAAAUGACUGAGAUGGCGCUUAAAGCAACCGAUCCAUCCCGGAUUGAUGAUGAAAAAAUCAAGCGCCUCAUUCAGCGAAGUGUGGAAGCAGGAAACAAGACUGCGGAUAAUGCCACUGUUAAUAACGCGGAUGUACUUGCGACUUUGCGGAGAGAAGUCACCGAACUUCAGAAUACAGUCCUCAAAAUGCAAAACGAGGCAUUGAUGAAGCAGGUUGAGGAGUUGCGCGCGCUCAGAGAUCUUUAG